UCUCGCUUGAGCAACAACGUCUGAUGGCAACGACUGCCUUACUUCUUACGCUGCUGGUGGCAGCCUCGUCUGCCACUGCAACGGAACUGACCUCCCCUCGCGCCAACGAAGUCAUUGAAACGUAUGGCUUGGAAACUUCUCUGAGAAGCAGCCUGUUCUCGACGUGCAUCAAGCAAGCAGCUUCGCUGACGGGAAGUCUUUGGUUGGUAGUCGUAGGGCAACAAGAGUUCUUUCAGGUCACAAGCUCAAGUGCUCAGAACAUCACAUGGCAGGUCGCUGACGCUGCCACGACUCUCUUCGCUUGUGCCCAGGCCACCGUGGACGCUGCCAAACUGAUGUUCAAGUUCAAUGGAGGGUCCUGCAUGAUCGCCAUGAAUGGUUUCUAUGAUCCAGCGAAUCAAGCGUGCGAUGGUCAGACGGUCUACAUCAGCUUAUAUGGUGAGAGUGGAUGCAUCACUCCUCUUGGCGGGUUCUUGGAUGGCCAAAACAUAACGAACGAUGGAAUGUGCUACUCGACGUGUGUUGGAACGACGGUAACUCUUCAAGAUGAAUCUGAAGUUGUUCUCCCUUCGGAUGGAGCAGUAUCUUGCAUUGGAACAGAAGCAAUCCCCCACAUCCUCAUUGUAGCAGAGUCAGCGACCUUCUGUGCGGCAGCGACCAAAUGUGCGUUGCUUGGACUCGCGCUGGCCCAAGUAGACACGGAGGAGAACCUGAAUGCCGUGAAGACAGCCGCCGCCACGAAACCUGCGGUACAGAGUUUCUGGGUGAACGUGCAAUACAUCGACGGUGCUUAGGUCUACAUGCCUAGCAAGACUCCCGUGGCCCCUGACAUGUGGAAUGUUGUUAUUCCCGAUGACACCUCCUUCUGCGUGGGCAUCGUGCAGGGGAAACUCUCGUCUGGGCCGUGUUCCUUAGCACUUCCCUACAUGUGCGUCGACACCACCAAGACCAUCAAGCCGUGUCCAUCGGCAUGAUUUGCUACAGCUGCGUUGGGAAGAAGACGCCGAAUCGUGUUAUAGAUAAAUGACGCUAAAUUCGUAAAUUAAAAAUCUUUGAUAUAUGUUCUUCAUUGGUAGUUUCAGGGGCUUGCAAUAGGAAAAACAGUGCCAAAAUUUGAUGGAUUUGAUGGUGAGGUUAUUUUCAGGAAAAACAUAAUUUUUAUUCAAAUUAAUCGAGUAUGGUUGAAAGAUUUUGUAAGCUUUUGAGAGAGAUCCUCAUCCUUGAUAAACCUUUACACUACAUUGACCUUUUUCGAGAAUAUUUCAACAGUCAUAAAUUUCUCUUGAUGUUCAUUUGGAAUCAAAAAUAGAUGUUUGGCGUUAAA